AUGUUUAAAAUUCGCCAAAGUAGAUCUUUAUGCUCCUGUGGAGGUGCAAAUAAACGCAAGGUUUUCAUAGUAUUUAUCCUCCCAAUUUUAAUAGCUGUUGCAGUUGGAUCUUUAUUCUAUUUGAAUUUUUAUACAAAUACAAAACCUGUCAAAGUCGAAGAAGAGAAAGAAACUUUCGAUUGGAGUGAUGUAGAUUGGGAAAAAUCAACAAUUAAGCCACCCCCAAUGCCAGAAAGGCAUCCAAUUCAUAUUUUUGGUGAACCAAUUGCUCCUGUUAAAGAUUCAUACUUGUUUGACCCAAGACCAAUUACUACUCUUUAUGCUUCCGUUGAUAAUGUUACUUUCGAUACUUACGGUUACUACAUAAAAGGUGGAGUUCGUUAUCCAACUCAGCAUCCAUGGCUUGUUCCUCAAUUUGAAAUAGAAGAAGAUGAAAAGAUCGCUUAUCAAGUUGAUCAAGCAAUUGGGCUUUAUAUUCCAAGUAAUUUCAACAAAAUGGAUAUAAUUCUCAAAUAUAUUCAUCCUUUAUUAGCUUUGCCACAUGAUAUCCGUUCCAAGGUUCCGAUAUUUACAAACAGUCCAGAUCCAAUUAUUCCAACUCUUUUGGGUUAUUUGGAUAUCCAAACGAAAUUAACAGUUAUGGAAGGUGCUGUACACGCUAAAACAAUGUACAUCAUCGACUAUCCAGAAGAAGAUGGCUUUGCAUACAACGAAUACUUCGCUUACAUGGAAUUGUUAAAACCACGUUAUCAAAAGGUUACUAACUCGCAUAUUACACUUUCUAAAGAGUUCGAUACCAGAUUGAACGAUAAGCAGCGAACAAUUGACGUUAUUACAAAGAAUGAUACAAGAAUUGUCGUUGAUUCAACGCCAAGCAACCCUCUCGAGAAGAUGGAAUGGUACUGGACACAUCCAUAUUUCAUUACAUUCGGAAAUUCAGACAUUAUCAUGGCCGCUUUCAUGAGACCAAAUUCUCAUCUGAUUUUAUACACAAAUAAGCUUGAUUUCAUCUUCGGAGCUCGUUACGCACACUUAGCUGGAGCAAGAGUUACAGUCAUCGUAUCGCCAGACCAUAAACUUACCGCUUCAAAGAGAAAAAUCGUUCGUGACAUUAUUAACUUCGAAAUUCCUGAAAAAGAGAAAACCCACAACGACGACCAGGAAGAACUACAACAGCUCCCUGCAUUCGAUUUCACUGAUGAGUCUCACGAAAAAGAAUUAACGGAAUGGGAGAACAAACUCAUAGAAACAGCACCUGCAGCUGGCCCAGUUGAUCCUGCUCAACGUGAACGUGAAGAAAUAACUCCAGAACCAGUCGAUGAAUGA